UUUGAGAUUUUUUUUUGCCUUUGACUUCUUGAUUUUGCCGGCGUUCCCAUCUUUUUCGUGCUUCAUUACAUAAGUACUAAAUAACGCUACUUCACUUUUUCAACGUACAAAUUUUGCAUUUUUUUUUCCCAAUAUCGUCUUCGCUUACGUGCUAGUUUGCGAAGAUGGUGUUUCUAUUUUCACGUCGGUUCGACGCAUAUCAAACGUAAAAAUGUCUGGGUCUGGAAGAAUUCAUGUUUGUCAUGCUUGUCUGGCAUGACUCUUAGAUCUGUCAUGCACAUUACCCAAGAGCUCCGCUUUUCUGUGAUGCAGAAGCGCAGUUUGUCAUGCAGAAUAGGCAACACCUAGGACCUCAGAAACUUGUCAUGCUGAGCCAGCAUUUGCAGCCUCAUCAUGAGACGCCACCCAGCAUCACAAGUUUCCAGACCCAGACACUUUUGCACUUGAUAACGCAGCUGCUCGGACUACUCUAAUCGGUCUCGCGUUUUUGGGAGGACAACAGCUCCUCCUCUCCGUUUAUCACAUGUAAAAUCACAAUUUCCCGCAGGCACAUCAUCAAUUGCAAUUUGCAACGCGCUUGCGGACGUACGUAAAAGGCUUGCAGGUUGGCAGGCACGUGCUGGGUCGUCUGGUCGUCCUGACAUGCACUGGAUAUUGAGCUCAAGGCUGAGUCGGGUGAUAGUGAUUUUACACAUGAUAGCGCUGCUGGUUUCUACUCAUCCAGUGGUCGAACUAUACCAUAUCGAAUGUGAACAUGUAUAUGCCUCUGUCAUCUGGAUGAAAGAAUGUUUUCACACAACUUGAACUUGUCAUGCGAUUUUCAGUUUGGCGACCAAAUCAACACUUACAUUCGGAUUCCGCGACAGUCGUUAAAAUUGUUUUCUUGUGCGCGAAAGCUGAUGUGAAGACAAAACAAAUGCUUAAUGUGGUUUUGGCGUCACGUCGUCAGCGAACCUUUACAACGAGUGAAAAAAUUCCAAGAAGCUUCGGAUCCAGGUGACUAAGUAGAGACAUAUUUUCUUGUACAGGAUACACUGCAGCAGUCGGCUCAUGGAGCAGGCGACAUUGGUCCGCCUCGUGCAGCUCGUGCAGCCACAAAAUACAACCAGGUGCUCCUCCAGGACGGGCUCCAUACCUCAACCCGCGGCGGAAAUCGGGAAGUACGUUCUGAGAAAUCUAGUUCAGGUUCAACAUCAUCAUCUUCCUCUUUAUCAUCGUCCAUGAAUUUGUUUUCGAUGAAAGCGAGCGUGAAGGAUUGGUGGACGUCGAUGCAGCACAGCCUGAUCCCUCCCGUGCCAUCUCUGGAAGACCAAGACAAAAAGAUUUGCGACCAGUUUGUCGGGUGCUACAAGGUGCCGGAG